AUGUCCGAAGCAAAGCGCGACGUACACAACCCCCUGCUCUUCGAGUGUGCAUGGGAGGUUGCAAACAAGGUCGGCGGCAUCUACACUGUUAUCAAGACGAAGGUCCCCGUCACCGUCUCAGAGUAUGGCGACAGAUACUGCCUCAUCGGCCCUCUUUCGUACAAAACUGCCCCAAUGGAGGUCGAGGCAGAGGAACCCACCGACGAGCACCUCGCAGCUACCCUCGAGUCGAUGCGUGCGCAGGGCAUCAAGGCCCUGUAUGGCCGCUGGCUGAUCGAGGGCAACCCCCAUGUGCUCCUGUUCGACACCGGCAGCGCCUACUCCCGCCUCGACGAGUGGAAGGGCGACCUUUGGAACCUAGCGGGGAUCCCGAGUCCCCCCAACGACCACGAGACGAACGAGACGAUUGUUUUUGGUUAUCUGGUAGCUUGGUUCCUCGGUGAUUACGUUUCCCGUCAGUUAACUACAGCUGUUAUUGCCCACUUCCACGAGUGGCAGGCUGGCCUCGCUAUUCCCCUCUGUCGCAAGCGACACAUCGACGUCACGACUGUCUUCACUACACAUGCUACACUGCUCGGCCGCUAUCUCUGCGCAGGCUCCGUCGACUUCUACAACAAUCUGCAGUACUUCGACGUCGACCACGAGGCAGGGAAGCGCGGAAUUUAUCACCGAUAUUGCAUCGAACGCUCCGCGACCCAUUGCGCCGAUGUUUUCACGACUGUUUCUCAUAUCACCGCCUACGAAAGCGAACAUCUACUAAAGAGGAAACCCGACGGCGUCCUCCCCAAUGGGCUCAACGUCGUCAAGUUCCAGGCAAUCCACGAGUUCCAAAAUUUGCAUGCGACGAGCAAAGCCAAGAUCAAUGAAUUUAUUAGGGGGCAUUUCUAUGGACAUUACGAUUUCAAUCUCGACAAUACGCUAUAUAUGUUUACCGCCGGAAGAUACGAAUACAGGAACAAAGGAGUGGAUAUGUUCAUUGAGUCUCUUGCUCGCUUGAAUUUCCAGCUGCAAAAGGCAGGAUCGGAUGUCACUGUCGUUGCCUUCAUCAUUAUGCCCGCCGCUACCCACUCAUAUACCAUCGAGGCGCUGAAAGGCCAGGCAGUGACGAAACAGCUCCGCGAUACUGUCACUGAAAUCCAAAAUCGCAUCGGCGCUCGACUAUUCGACCACGCCGCGCGUUUCCAUGGGGAGGAAAAGUUCAUGCCUACGCCAGAAGAAUUGCUUUCCGAAGAGGACCAGGUACUCCUAAAACGACGCAUAUUCGCGUUGAAGCGCAACUCACUGCCUCCGAUCGUUACUCACAACAUGGCCGACGACGCCAACGACCCGAUUCUCAACCAAAUCCGCCGGGUCAAGCUAUUCAACGACAGCCACGACCGCGUCAAAAUCAUCUUCCACCCCGAUUUCCUCAACAGCAACAACCCGAUCCUUGGUCUCGAUUACGAAGAGUUUGUGCGAGGGUGCCAUUUGGGUGUGUUCCCGAGUUACUACGAGCCAUGGGGGUACACGCCCGCGGAGUGCACGGUGAUGGGUAUCCCGUCAAUCACGACGAACCUGUCCGGCUUCGGGUGCUUCAUGCAAGACCUGAUCGAGCACCCCGAAGAUGAAGGAUGUUAUAUUAUCGACCGGCGCAUGCAAUCCGUCGAAGACUCGGUUAACCAGCUAACGGGCCACAUGCUCGCUUUCGCGCAAAAGACGCGUCGCCAGCGGAUUAACCAGCGUAACCGCGUGGAGCGCCUCAGCCCGUUGCUGGAUUGGAAGAACCUCGGGAUCGAGUAUAGCAAGGCGCGGCAGCUGGCGCUGAGGAGAGCGUAUCCGGACGCGUUUUACAGCUCGGAGGUGGAUGGGGAGGGCGAGGAGGGAUAUGCGGAUGGAUUUGGCGAGGCGGAUUACUUCGGGGGCGGGGUGGAGCGGAUGAAGCCUGGGAGUAUGCCGGCAAGUCCGCGGUUGAGAGGGAUGGCGACGCCCGGGGAUAUGGGCACGUUGACUGAGGAGAUGCAAGGCUUGAAUACGAGCGACUACCGCGGACAUACCUGGCCGGGAACGCACGUUGACGAGGACGACUCGUAUCCUUUCCCGCUAGUCAUGAAAGUCCGCUCGCGCUCCGGAUCGGUGAUGAGCGGUGCGAGCACACCCGGUGGUGGAGCUUUCCGUAGCCUCAGCGAGGGUGAUCUGAAAAAGGCGGACGCGGCGCUCAGCCAGGUCAACGGGCACACGAACGGCCACGGCAAGUAA